UCCUGUCGUCCUCACAAAAUCUGUAUUCUUCCCGGACUAUCUCACUUUCCUUUGUUUCUGCUCCUCCGAUUUUUGGGCCUCCGUCUGAGUCUCCUUUUUUGGUCUGGCUUAUUCUUCAGCCUGCUCACAGUGCGUCUGUCCCUCAUACGUAUGCUCUCUCGUGUCCCCCUACGUAUAUCUUGCACUGCUUCUUAUUGGAUUCGCGCCGCAUCCCUGAUCCUUACACUGUAUCAUUUCUUUCCUAUUUAUCCUGCCUCUACCCAGCCCUCGUGCUCGACGUGUAUCCUUUGCUUCCUCUCUCUGGACUCGACUUCCUAUCUGGUACCAUGGUGCUUCGUGUUGCUUCUGUCGCUGAUAUUUAGGCGUACGUACCAGUACUCAGGUGUACGCAUUGAUAUCCGGACGUGCGCGACUACUAAAAGGCGGUUAGCGCCUCGAUAUACUACGUUCCUCCAUAUACCCGUCGCGCUCUGCGCCUGCAAAAUCCUCGGGACCUCGCCGCUGUCGUGGCUUGGAUGCUCCCUCUGUACCAAUGACUGUGCAAGGCGAAUGGUUGCAAUUAUCAGGUAUGCAUAUGCAUGAUCUGAGUGCCCAUAUUCCUUCCCCGAUUCCCUUGUUGCAGCCGCACCAUUCGCACGUUGCUUCAAAGGUGCGAGACGACCGCUAAGUGACGGGUAGGAAUAUCGACCGGGCUCUCUGAGCAUUGGUUUUCUGGACCAUGCAACGCUGGCUUAACGAUCC